CAGCUAUAUUAUUUUAUUAACAUUUUUUUUUUUACAGUUCUGCAUUUUUGGUGUGCAAUUGGCUUGGUGCGUUUCCUAUUGUAUACAAUAAAAGCAGUAAGUUGUUCUCAACGUCAAAAUGUGGACUGUUAAUUGUUUUCGUACAUGUCGCGAUUGUUGUACUACAAAUAUACACGCAUUUGACGAUGAUAUUUUUUGGUACUAUAAAGAAAACGUCGGUUGUCACGUCUAUCGUGUUAAGCACCAACGGGAUCGGGUUGCUGUGCAUCUUACUGAGAAGAAUGAUGUUUGUGAGUGACACAGUUAGAUGUUACAAUAGCUUGUCUGAAUGGUCAGCUGACAUUUCGGUACCGAAAUCGUCAAUUGUAAUUAUGUAUGCCAGUAUAGUGUCAGUGCUAAUUGAAUUCGUUGGAGAUAUUAUAGAUAGAUACAUGAAAAAUAAGUCCGUGAACUUGGACAACAUUACUACCUAUGCGUUUUUGGGCUUCGAAAUGCAACUGAUACACACUUUCUACGCUAUCGGUCGAUUGUACAAUGAUUUGAACAACUUCGUCAAAUUUGACUUACUCGAUGACUUCGAACGGAUUCGUCAAGCUCGACAACGGAAUCUCGUAUUAUACACGUUUUGCAAAAAGUUCAACUCGCAUUACAAUUUGGAUUUGAUUAUACUUUUGUCAUGCUAUCAGCUGUAUGUGCUUUUGGUACUGUUUAAGCUCAUAAAUAGCCUGGCCACAAGUAUUGCGACCGAAAAUUUUUUUUACAACUUUGUUAACUUGAAAGUUAUCAUCAGAAUAAUACGAAUGACAAGAUUAUUUAUGGUUUUCAUCUACAUAAUAGAGUCAAGUUCUUAUUUACAUAAUAAGAGCGUUUUUACAUUUUAUCAUUUAUUACGCAAUAGAGUGAAUUGUCGGAAGCAUCAAACCAAAGAACAGGUUUAUUUGUUUUUAAAUGAACUAAAUGUUACAGAAGUAAAUAUAUCAGCCAACCAUUGCUAUGACGUAAAUAAAAAGUUCCUGUACUCUGUAUUUAGUUCCAUUAUUGGGUUUAUCAUAUUGGUUGUAUCUUUUUUGUGUAAUCGAUUCUAAAAUUUUACGUGCACAUUCAUUUUAAUGUUA